CGGGUUCUCCGCUCCAGUUAUCUACCUCCAGGACGAAUUCGCGGUAGCACUAUGCCGACAUCUGUUGAUCUUGCCUCUUUAUGUCUCUUCCCCGCCACUCUGGCGCAAGUGGCGGAGUCUCGGAAACGCCAGUACCCCGAGUGGGCUGGGCAUCUCACGUUCGAACAGUUCACCGAGCGCGAUCUUGCCUAUGACAAUCUGGAGCAUGCAAAGGGUGGUAGAAUGACGAUCUGGGUUUUAGCACCCAGGGUCGAUCCCCAGACACUGGACUUCGCGUGUGCUUGCGAGACGUACCGACGAGAUGCAUUUGUCAAAUGGUCUGACGGCAAGGUCGAAGAGGUGGUAGGCUUUGGAAUUGCAUCCGUCUACACGCCGGAUGGCAAGCGCCACAAAGGCUACGCCUCGCAUAUGAUGCGUCUGCUGCAUUGGGUGCUCACCUCUGAUUCGCUGAAAGAAGAAGACUUUCCUAAGGCUUGGGGCUCACCUCCGCCCAAGGUGCAAGGCGCGGGAGACGCAAAGUUUUCCGUGCUCUACAGCGAUGCUGGUCCCGAGUUUUAUCGCACGUGUGGCCCAACGGAGGGAAAGAGCGGCGGGUGGGAGGUUAAAGGCGCUGUAUCGACGCUGUGGGACGUGCCGGAUGAAGCAAUUCUGGAGGAGUCCCACAGCUGGAGAGACAUUCGGGAGGAAGAGGAGUUGAAGGUAUUCUGGGAGAAAGACGCACAGCUGAUGAGACAGACUCUGGCAGCGCGUCAGCCGGAAGCUGGGAAGGUGGCGGCAGCGUCUUUUUCCCCUCACAAAGGUGUCGCGAUGUUCCAAGUCCCUCGGUCCAAGUUUCAUACACACCACCUCUUCACGCUCGACGUCUGGGGAACGGAACUGGCGGAUCCUACGCAGGAUGUGCCGACCUACGCAACGUGGGCCGUGGACCUCUCGUACAAACCGCGUCGGCUCCUCAUCACGCGCAUGAGCGCAUCUUCUGAGACCUUUCCUGUGCUCCUGAAGAAGAUCUUCGGAGUAGCAAAACAUGCUGGCCUUCAGAAGGUCGAGAUUUGGAAUCUGGACAAGUCCCUGUUAAGUGCAGCGGAAGCGCUGCGAGGAAGGACGUACGAGCGAUCGGAGCAUAUUUCGGCGUUCAGGUGGUACGGUGAAGAACCCACUAGCGAGAUACAAUGGACGUUUAAUGAGAAGUUUGGAUGGUGCUAGGCUGGUUGACGGUAGAUAGGUCAGCAAUCCGCCGCGGAUUUUACGAACUGUUUGAGUUGUAGGAUGUGCUUCAAGGCGUUGCAAUACUAUCACUAACAAUGUCACAACU